CAUUUUCUGAAUUACCAGCUAGUUGUUUCCGAUAAGCUGGUCGCGUUUCACACCAGCUACCACCAUCUUGUAUUUCUUGCGGCCACAAAAAUGUCGAGCAGCGUCUCUCUUCAUGUAGGCAACGGAGUUGCAUGUCGCUUCUAUAACCACGAGGGCUGUAACAAGGGCGACGAGUGUACAUAUUCGCAUGCUGCCGACACUGAUAGCAUUCAAAAUUCUCUUGGACAGAACGUCUGCUUGCACUUUCUGAAAGGCUACUGCCGAUUUGGCGAUUAUAAAUGUCGUUACUCUCACUCGCGCGACCACCUGGCACUGGAGGACAUAGACGCUAUCUCUUCCACUUGCGAAGCCCCAGAAAAAACUGUGCAUGAAGCCGCCAGCGUCUCUUCCGAUGUGCCAAAGACACAGUCAAAGAAGAAUGGGAAGAAAACCUCCCGUGGAAAAGUCCCGGCCACGGGGGAGAACCGUUACCGCCGAAAAUUUGGAAGUGGCAUUGACUGGGAUAUAGAAAGCGAAAUGGAGGAGAGAAUGGACAAUUGGGGAUUCACUGAGGAUGAAGUGCAGGAGCUGUUGUGCCAAGGUGUGAAACCAUGGGACGAUGAUGCUAGGGAUGUUCUCAAUUUUCUGUACGAUUGCUAUUAGGUUCUAUAUUGCGACAGUGCUCUUAGGUUAUUCUCUGGUACCUGACACUGAACUCGUUUGAUAUAUGGGGUUCAUGUUAAUGAACAAAUGUUUAAAGAUAAUAUACCCAUUAACUCAUGGCACGUCCCUCCGUUCUGGUACCAUAUUGUUCAUAACUUUGUCGAAUGUUUACAAUUAUGAUCAGGAUGUAUCAUAUCAUUACUCUAUCGUGAUCAUAAGUAGUACGCCAAGGGCUG